UCUGCUCGAUCUAAACACAAUUAUCUUCAGAUUCAAAAGAAGGGAUCUCAGAAUCAUCAUAGAAAUGUCUCUAAGCUCUGUGGUCAUUCUUUACUCACUUUGUUGACGUACUGUAUAUUUUCUUCUUACAAUGCACCCUAGUCGUGGAGCAACUGGAAAUGACUGGCAGAAAAUAGUGUCUCUGUCUGAAUUUAAGUCUAUGAUUGAUGCAUACAUUGUGGACACAUGUAAUUACUUUAAAGUUUUGCAGUCAAUUGUCAUUGCAGUCUCAGUGGCAGAUAUAAUGGAUUAGGACAGAGUGAGAGGGUGUCUCCUUCAGCUGCAAAGACAAUGAUCAGUGUACAACGCAUGUCUACUGGUACAAGAAGAAGGAGGGAGAACAUUUUACCUUGAUUCUUGAGCUGCGGAAGAAUCAAGCUGUGAAUUAAUGAAAAAGAAAGUGUUUUGCACCACCGGAAGUGACAUUGUCAGAGGAACUGUUUGAGACGACACACUCCAGCUGGUUUUUCACCUCUCAUCUUCAUAAUCAACUAUAUGAUCCAAACCAUAGUUCAGUAAAGAUCUGUUAAAUCAGUCUCAUGUUCAGUGUUAUUUAUAACGUCUAGCUUUUCAAUUCCCCAAAUCUUAAUAUUCACUGAACAUGGACUGUGGUAUAAUAAUAUUCUCUAUUUUUCUGGUGGCUGCUUCAGGACAGCGGCUACAACAGGACCAGAUAUCAAAGACUAUGAGAGAGAAACAGAGUGUCUCCUUCAGCUGCAAAGUUACUGGUCGGUGUUUGGGUAACCUGGUCCACUGGUACCAGAAGAGAGAGGGUGAACCCUUUACUUGGAUUCUAUACUUUGAUUUUGAUGACAAUUCUAUCAGUCGUGAUUCCACUCAUCCUCAGAGAGCAGAUUUCACUGUUGGGAGGGAGUCUGACACCAGUGAGCUGAAGAUCCAGUCAGUUAAAGUGUCCUAUUCUGCCACCUACUACUGUGCCUGCUGGGACUCGUCAACCCACAGUGAGAACUUAGAAGCAGCAGGACAUUCCGCUGUAGGAGCGAAGCUCCGCCACCACGACUCGUGCCUGGAACGCCUCGGGACUGCCAUGGACGAAGUGCUCCGGGCCUGUGAUCUCCACCUUGCCCGUCAUGCCUGGACGGCCUCUGAGAAGGACAAGGUGGCCUUUGUAAUCUCGGUGCUGACAGGCCGGGAUCUGGAGUGGGCGCACACCAUCUGGGAGAGGGACGGGCCAGAAGUGCAGUCCUAUGACAGCUUCACACAACUCUGCCGUGCCAUCUUCGACCAACCUACAGAGGGCCGAGUUGGAGGCCUUGUUGUCCGCAGCGGACUACAGGCGGAUGUCCAGACCGAGCUGGCCUGUCGCAAUGAGGACCAGCUCAUUGCCAUGGCCAUCCGCUUGAAUAAUCUCCUGCUUGCCUGUCGUCACCCAUCUCGGGGGUUUGGGUCUGUCCGAGGAACCUCCAGCGAGACUGAGCCCAUGAAGGUGGCACGACCCACCUUCCCCCUGAGGAACGUCAACGCCGCCAUUAACAGGGUCUCUGCUCCGACUGCGGGGACUCGGACCACCCCUGGAACACCUAUCCCAGAAGGAGAACCAGACAAUCACGUACGUAAACCCAAAGUGACCGUCUACCCAGCGUCCAACCCUGAGUCGAAUGGGAAGAUCACCCUGCUAUGUCUGGCUAGAGACAUGUUUCCAGACUUGGUCAAGAUCUCAUGGGAGAUGGAGGAUGAAUGCGGUCAAACAGUGGAGGUGUCCAAAGCAGAGACGGAACAGCUGGAGCAGAGGGAGGAAGGGCGGACGACCAGUAUGAUCAUCAUUGAUAAAGAGAAUGCGUACAGGAACAAAUACAUAUGUUCUGUGGAGCAUGAAUGGGGCGCUCAAGAUAUUGACAUGCUAAAAGCUAAACGUGAUGAACAAAACGGAGCGAUUUCUCCUACACAAAUAAUAUUUUUGGAAAAACUGAACAUUUGCUAUCUAACUGAGAGUCUCCUCAUUGAAAACAUCCAAAGUUCUUCAAAGAUCGCUUCUUCUUCAUGUGCAGUCUGAACCUGGCCUCUCUGGUUUACACAGUGAUGAUAGUGAAGAGCAUGGUGUACUGCUGUGGGCUCUCUCUCCUGCUGCACCACAGGAAC